ACGAUCAGCGACGACGGCGUUACUUUUGGCGCGGAUACAAGCAGCGACACUUUUUUUUCGUUGGCAGGCGCCUCCUGUCACCAAACAAACAACAACAACAAAACAACAAACAAAAAAACAUCUAUAAACAACAAUAAACAAACAAAGCAUAAACCAUAAACAUAAACAAGCAGCCAAGCUAAACGAAAACAACUGUGCAUUUUUUGUAAAAACCAGUGAGCCUCUGCUGCGACAAUAACAACAAAACAAAAAGAAAACAACAAAGAAAAAGAAACCGAACUCUAAAACCCUAUUGUGUGAGAAAACCCAAGUGGCUGCAAAAAGACACCAUCAUUGUGCGCCUCAAAUUGACAGCGGCAGCAGCAGCAGCGACGACAACUGCAACUGCAACUGCAACUGCAGCAGCAACAGCAACAGCGAUCGCCACAAACAUGCUAACGGACAUGACACCGACCGCCGGUCAGCUCUACGGAUCCCAGAUCCCGGCCAUGGGCAUGAACAUCACCAAUAUCGCCACACACUUGCAGAAGCCACAAGUUAAUCCGGACCAUCCCAGUUUGAGGGGAACUCCGCUGGCCAUGUUGGCCGCCCAGUGCAACAAGCUAUCCAACAAAUCGCCACCCCCGCUGGCCGACGCCGCUGUGGGCAAGGGCUUCCAUCCGUGGAAGAAGAGUCCCAAUUCCCCGGCAGCGGGCUCCAGUGGAGGAUCCUCUGGCGGAGGAGGAGGCGGCGGCGGAGGAAGCAGCGCCGGCCAGCACUCGCCCUGCGCCAUCUCGGCGGCCAGCUCGUCGAGCUCCAGCGGAUCGAGCGGCGGCCACUCCUCCAGGAGCCUCUCCGCCAGCGCCAGCACCAUGGUGAACAUCACAGCUAGUCGCCCCCUGGCCUCCUCCUGCGCGGCCGUGGGCGGUGGUGGUGGCGGUGGCUCCUCCGGUGGCUCCUCCGGCGGCUCCUCCGGCGGCUCCUCCUCCUCCUCCUCCGCCGCCUCCGGAUCGCAGUCAUCCUCCUCGGCGGCCGUGGCUGCGGCUGCCUACGGCGGUGACCUGUACUUCCCGAACACCUCCACCUCGAACAUGGACAACCAUCACAUGCACCAGGGUCUCCUCGGGAAAGUGGAGGCAGCGGGUGCCGCUGCCUUCGGAGGCGUCUACUCCAGGCAUCCCUACGACUGGCCCUUCAAUGCGGUGACCCACAAGGAGGCGGCCUCGGUGAAUUCCGGCUGGUGGGACAUGCACAGUGCCGCCGGCUCCUGGCUGGACAUGGGCGGUGCCGGCAUGCACUCCACGAUGGCCAACUAUGCCAGCGAGAACUACAGCUCGGCGCUGAGUCACUCGCUCCUGGGAUCGGGACAGCACCUCCUGCAGGACACCUACAAGAGCAUGUUGCCGGGUCAGGGAGUUGGCGUGGGAGUAGGAGUAGGAGUGGGCGUGGGAAUGGGUGGCUUCUCCCUGCCGCACAGUUCUCCCUCGGCGGCGGCGGCGGCGGCAGCGGCCACAGCGGCGGCAGCAGCAGGUUCACCCCAGGGUGGCUCACCUUCGACACCCUCGCCGCGUUCGCAGCGACGCUAUGCUGGAAGGGCCACCUGUGAUUGCCCCAAUUGCCAGGAGGCCGAGAGACUCGGUCCCGCUGGCGUUCAUCUGCGCAAGAAGAACAUCCAUUCGUGCCACAUACCUGGUUGUGGCAAGGUCUACGGGAAAACCUCCCAUCUGAAGGCCCAUCUGAGGUGGCACACCGGCGAGCGUCCCUUUGUGUGCAACUGGCUGUUCUGCGGCAAGCGCUUCACGCGCUCCGACGAGCUGCAACGGCACUUGAGGACGCAUACCGGCGAGAAGCGCUUCGCUUGCCCCGUGUGCAACAAGCGCUUCAUGCGCAGCGACCAUUUGGCCAAGCACGUGAAGACGCACAAUGGCAAUGGCACCUCCUCGGGCCAUCAGUCCAGCCAUAAUGGACACGGUGGUGGCCUGAAGAAGGGCUCCUCCGAGUCGUGCAGCGAUUCGGAGGAGGCCGCCAACCAGUCGGGCGAGUCCAACGGGCUGGGCGGCGUGGGCAGUGGCCCUCAGACGGGCGGGGCCGGCGGCGGCGGGGGUGGCGUCUCCGGCGGUUCGGGAACGGUAACGGGUGGUAGUGGUAGUGGCAGCUCCUCCGGGAGCAGCAGCAAUGCCAAUUCAACCAACUCGAAUUCCGUUUCCGGUUCCGGCGGAGGCAGCCAUCCCGGCACCCCGACCUCGCUGCACGCGCACAGCGCCAAUGGCACGUCCAGCAGCCUGCUGGGCGGCGGUCUGCACCUGGCCACGCCGCACCAAAUGGUCGCCGCGGGCGGUUCGCCGGUGAUGCUACACCAGCAACAGCAGCAACAGCAGCAGCAGCAGCAACAGCAGCAGCAACAGCAGCAACACCACCAGCAGCAGCAGCAACAUCUGCAACAGCAGCAGCACCUGCAACAGCAGCAGCAACACCACCAUCAGCAAUUCGGUCAGCAACAGCAGCAGCAGCAGCAUCAUGCCCACCACCUGCACCACCAUGCCCACCACUCGCACCACCUGGCCACCGGUGGUUCGCCCGGUUUGGAUCCCAGCUCCCUGGUGGACAUAAAGCCACCCAUGGUUUGAGGAUCGCUGGGACCCUUCCUGUUCACCAACUAAGCGAAGGGUUCCCAUUACAAAAUCUAAUUAUAAAUAUAUAAUAGAAAACCCUAUAUCAUUUCGAAACUAGCUAUCUUGCGGUUGUACAUAUAGCCAGCAGAUGUCUGUAAAUAUUCAUAAAUAUGCGUGUCUAUCGAACAGCUAAUCACAGCACUAAAUAUCUAUUGCUUAUAGCCUAUUGCUAGGAACUAAGCCAUUUUUUCUAGAAUAUCUAGAACAUCUAGAGAGCGAGUGUGUGUUUUUUUUUUUAUUUUUUUUUACUAGCCCUAUGGAUAUGUAAUUUUUUUCAUAGCCCCUAAGCAUAAAUAUAUAUAUAUAUAUAUAAACGAAAUUAACCAAGAGACAAGCUUCGAGCACCAUGAAAAAAAGAAGAAAAACAAUUAUGCAAUUCUAAAAACGAAAAAAACACCUAAAAUAUAUUAUUAUAAAUAUCGAAAGAGAGAGAGAGCGGAGGGUUAAGCAUCAUAAAUAUAUUUCUAGUCCAAUUAUGAAGUGUGAGCGAACCAAAAUUGUAAAAAACAAAGCAAAAUAAAAAAAACGUAACACAGGGGUGUGUGGUAUUCGAACUCGCGGCCCUCUGUAAAUUAGCACAUGUCCCUCAAUUAUUUUUGCUAAGCCCAACGGACGAGGACGAGGAUCCAGCGAGGAUAUCUUAGACGCUAGUGCUUUAAUCGAUCCCAACUAAGAAAAGAAAAAGAAAAACGAAAAGAAAAGCUAAACUAAAUGUGUUUUUGUUGUUUUAUUUGAACCUAGGCUUAGAGCAGAGAUACUUAGAUACUUAGCACACACAAAACAAAACAAAACAAAAUGAAAAAGCAUAAAAAACAAAGCACAGAAAAUAAAGAAAAGGAUCCGCAAUUUAUCAUCUUCGAUUACUUUUUUUUGUCUAUGUAAAUUAAUUAUUUAAAAUACGAAUAAACUAUUUAAAUUUCAUUCA